AUGAAAACAUCCAGGACAUGGGCUUGGAAGGCAUCGGCAAAGCUGUUUCUUCUCUACGCUGAGCUGGCUUCUCUCAGUUUGCCUGGCUCCAGAGGUGAAAGGCUACAUUCCCUUGAGUCAAAUGCAGUCAAUGAGAGCCUUGCCAAGAGCAGACAGGCACGCAGUGUGGAUGUCCCCCUGAUGCCUAUUGAUUGUGAACUGUCCAGCUGGUCCUCCUGGACCACAUGUGAUUCCUGCCAGAAGAAAAGGUACAGACACUCCUACUUGCUCCGGCCAUCUCAGUUUCAUGGGGAACCAUGCAGCUUCUCUGACAAGGAAACAGAAGACUGUGUUACCAGCAGACCAUGCCGAAGUCAAACGCGAUGUGAAGGCUUUUUGUGUGCACACACAGGGAGGUGUAUAAACCGCAGACUUCUUUGCAAUGGGGACAAUGACUGUGGAGACCAAUUAGAUGAGGCAAACUGUAGAAGAAUUUAUAAAAAAUGUCAGCAUGAAAUGGACCAAUACUGGGCGAUUGACACCCUGGCCAGUGGGUUAAAUUUAUUUACAAACAGUUUGGAGGGCCCGGUUCUAGAUCACAGGUAUUACGCUGGUGGAUGCUCUCCCCAUUACAUCCUCAACACACGGUUUAGGAAGCCACAUAAUGUGGAAAGCUACACCCCAAAGACCCAAGGCAAAUACGAAUUUGUGCUGACAGAAUAUGAAUCAUACGCAGAUUUCGAGCAUAAUAUGACAGAGAGAACAGCUGCCAUGUCUCAUUUCAGCUUUGGUUUUAAAAUACUUUCAUUAUUUGAACUCGGCUAUGACUCCAGAAGUUUUAAUUACCACCACUUUAUUAGCAGAAUCAAACAAUUCACUCACACAAAAAGCACAUUUCUGCACGCGCGCUCUGACCUUGAAGUUGCACAUUACAAGCUGAAGCCCAGAGGCCUCAUGCUCCAUUACGAAUUCCUUCAGAGAGUCAAGCGGCUGCCCCUGGAGUACAGCUAUGGGGAAUACAGAGAUCUUUUCCGUGAUUACGGGACCCAUUACAUCACAGAGGCUGUGCUCGGGGGCACUUAUGAAUACACACUCGUUAUGAACAAGGAGGCCAUGGAGAGAGCAGAUUACUCUCUUAACGAUGUCCAGGAGUGUGCCAGACAUGGUUUUAAACUGCGUGUGCCAAUCAAAGCGGUGUCUGUCAAGGUGGGUGUCUCCGUGGAACGGUGCAAAGCCAUUCUGAAUGAAAUAGAAGAUAGAAACAAGAGACAGACUGUGGUGAAUGAUUUGGUGGUCCUCGUACGAGGAGGGGCAAGUGAGCAUAUUACCGCCCUGGCAUACAAGGAGCUGCCAACGGCAGAACUGAUGCAGGAGUGGGGAGACGCGGUGCAGUACAACCCAAGCAUCAUCAGAGUCAAGGCAGAUCCUCUGUAUGAACUGGUGACAGCCACAGACGUUGCAUAUUCCAACACAGUGAAACAGAACAUGAAGCAGGCCCUGGAAGAGUUCCAGAAAGAAGUUAGCUCUUGCCGAUGUGCUCCCUGCCAAGGGAAUGGGGUUCCUGUCCUGAAAGGAUCACGCUGUGACUGUAUCUGUCCCGUUGGAUUCCAAGGCACAGCCUGUGAGAUCACCUCUCGAAACAAUGUUCCCAUUGAUGGAAAGUGGAAUUGCUGGUCAGAAUGGUCUUCGUGCUCUUGGGGACAGAAAACAAGACAUAGGCAGUGCAACAAUCCACCUCCUCAAAAUGGAGGCAGCCCCUGCUCAGGCCCUGAUUCAGAAAAGCUUAACUGUUAG